UGUAUUUCAAUAGUAUAUCAGUAAAAGUGUUGAAAGAAAGUAUAUUCGUAAGAAAACCAAUCAUGGACUAUCGAAGAAAAUUUUUGACAGGGCUUGGUUUGAUUUUGAUCCUGCUCGUCGGGAAAAUUUCAAUUAUUACGGAAAAUAAUGUAGAAAAAACGGAAAUAAACCCACUGACAUUUGAAAAUGAUAUUUGCACGAUUUACGAUAAUUUAUCAGUAAUUAAUUCUAUGCUUUUCGAAAAAGAGUACAAGCCGUUGAUAGUAAUUAUUGCAGAUAAAUUUAUUGACGGUAUAAACAGAGUAAGAAAUUUGAGUGAAAGCAAAAGAAUAUUAAAUGAUGCUGGGAUCCAGAACAACCCUUACUACAGUCUAUUAUACCAAACUGUAUCGGAAAACAUCUAUCUAUUCCAAGCCAACGACACAUAUUAUUUCGUUUAUCCAGUUGACUUUCAAGACAAUUUUUUGACCAUAUAUUUCCAAUGGAAGUUAUUACAUAACAAUUUAGGUAUUAUCUUCCAUUUUUUUGAUGUAAAGAAAGAGUUUCCUUUCUUUGAUGAUAUUUUCAUUCCAUUACAACCAAGCUGCACCAAUUGUCCUCUUGUAAAAUAUAUAAAUGAAAAACUACAAAAAGGCGAAAGCUUCUCGGAAUUAUUCGAGUUGCGGAAACAAUUAUUUAGAGAACAAAAAACAAAAAACUUAACCUUUACGCCAUUCGAUAAUGAUUACAUUUGUACUUGGAUGGGAUUCAACAAUAAUUCUCAAAGCUCGCGUUCUUUAAUGCGUUUUAAUUCAUUACUAGAACAAAUUCAAAACAAUAGCGCGAAUGUAGAAAAAAGUAAAAGAAGAAGAACUGUAGAAAGAAGUUUAAGUUGCUUUCAGUCAAGAUAUCUGUAUUUUAGGAUUAGUGAGCAUUAUGUACAAAAUUUUCUAAUUACAAAUGGCUAUUUAAAUUGGAUCAAUAGGACUAUUUCUUCAUUGAGGGGCAAUGAUGUUUCAUAUGGUGGUCUUUGUGAAAAUAAACACAGAAUAGAAAUACUUAAAUUCUUUUGUUUUAUGAAAGAUAUAUCAGAUGUUACAUCUCACUACAUACCAGCGUGGACAGAAGCUCUAAAAAAACUUGUUACAAAACCAUUAAGUAUCAUAUUAAAGUGGUAUAACUUGGCAAGAUACUUCUAUACAGAUGAAUAUAUUAUAAUCGUAGAUCCAAUUGUCUCCAUUAUUAAUACAAUUUUCCAUAGAGCUCUAGAAGAAUUUAAACGUUUAAAUGAUAAGCUGAAUAAUACCAAUGAGAAAAGGGAUAUUUUGAGUAGAAUUACUGAUUACAAAUAUGAAACUUCGUACAUUACAAUCUGCACAAUUUACGAACAUUGGAAAACUAUUGAUGAUCUAGUUCUUGAGGUGAAAUCCAACAGAUUAGUGAUAAUUGUGGCAGAUAAUAUGAGAACAGGGAUUGCAACUGUUAACAAAAUAAAAACUAGUAGAGUAGUACCAAAAGUAAGGCGAGAAGAUCUUCAUUAUUCCGAACAGUUCCUGUACGAUGUGAUUAUGAAAAAUAUUUAUUUGGUUCAAUGAUACUUAUUAUUACGUCUACCCAACGACUACCAAAAGACAAGGAAACCCAUUGAUUGGCUAUUUCGAAUACAAAAUGAUUAAAGAUUAUUCAAAUGUUGUAUUUUAUUUUGUAAAAUUUGAGCGUUAUUUUUCUCUUGGUAAAAAAUCUGAUCCUUAUGACAAUAAUUUGGUUAUUUCUGCACUACCAAAUUAUUGUGACAAAUCUUCAGGAAAUUGUAAGACGCGCUUUAUAAAUCCCGCAUAUUUAAUUAAAGUUCAUCAAGAUUUUUUUAAGCGCUUUCCAAAAUAUUUUUCUUUAUGCACUUCUUUUUACAGUAAAUUGCCAAAAUUUAUAAAUAAUCACAAUUCAAAUUAUAAAAACAGAGACUACGUUAAAUACUCUAAAACAUUUUAUGACUUUGUGAAACAACAACAAAAUUCUUAUGACACGAACUAUUUAUUUAAUGGUUUACCGUGCUUAUCUUCGAGAAACUUAAAUAAUAGAUCUGAUAUUAAUUUUAGCAUGACUGGAUUAAAUGAUGUACUUGUUUUUAAGAAUUUAAUAAAUUCUGCUUAUAAGAACAUAACAUCAAUAAAUGAAAGAAAUAAUACGAAUUUAGCAUCUCUUUGUAGUAAGAAAGAAAUUUUUAAAUUUCUUAAAUUCUUUUGCUUUUUAAAAAUAAAUUAUAUUGAAGGCAUGCUAAAAGUUAUUGAUCAGAAAUCUUAUAAAAUUAGCUACAUGAAAAGUAUUGUUAAAAAUGAGAAAAAUACUGUAACCGAAUAUUUGUUAAAGACGAAGGAUUGGAUAGAGGAAUUAUUAUCAAUGCAACACUUUGAUUAUAUGUAUAAUGAGAUUCAACUGUUUAUAAAAUCAGACACUCUUUACUCCGAAAUACCAAAAAUUUUCUUAAAUGGUACUGAUUUGUCUAACAAAAUCUAUUCGAUUGUUAAAAACAAGACGAUUUCUUCAACAUGCAAUAAAUCAUAAAUUUAGAGAUAUAAGAAAAAUAACAUUUAUAAUUUUAUAAUUUAUAAUUUCUUAUUCAUUUUAAUGCUCUUGAUAUACUGCAAGUUUCUUUGAAGCAUUAACAUUAUUUUUUUUAUUAUUGUAAAAAAUAUCACAGAAACUAUUAACUUAACAAAUCUUAUACAUUUAUUGAAAAACAAAAAAAAAUCUUCAAAGAAUACAAGAUUUCUUUUCUUUUCCAAUUUAAAGCCUAUUAUGACAAUAGAAUUAAUUUUAAGCAACAAAUUGUAAAAUAUUUAAAUUAA